AUGAACAUUAUUUUCUUUUUCAUUUUAUAUUACAGUGCAGUCUAUGUAAAAUACACAUACUGUCUGGAAGCUCCAGAAAAUAUGACGUUGCACUAUUUCGAUGGUACAGAUUGGGUGACUGUGAAACCACGUAAUAUCGAAGUUAAACCAGAAGUUUCAAGACCCAUAAAUAUAACACAGUUAUUAAACUGGGAGAGACUAAGCAAGUUGUUUCAGCCAAUUGAACUAGAAACUACACUUAAAGAGACUACUACUAAAAAACCGCCAACGAAGCCUACAACUAAACCUACUACAACUAAACGAACUACAACGAAACCUACUGCAACUAAAACUACUACCACUAAAACCACGAAAAGAACAACUGUAAAAACUACAAGAACAACAACUCCAAAAACAACAAGAUCAACAAAACGACGAUUAAAAUUCAUUACAAAAAGAACCAUACUUGUAUCUACAAUACAGUACAUUUCACACUGUAAGUACAACUUGUGUAACGAAAUAUAUAGUAAACCAACAACAAAACAUAAAAAGGUAUACAAAGUCUGGAAAAGAAUUCAGAAGAAACCUACAGUUGACAGCAAAUAUAUAACCAACCCAACGACUCCUUUUAUACCUCGUUGGAUAAUCCAAGAAGUCACUACUAAGAAGUUUACUUUUCUAAGAAACAAAAAGGAAACUACAAAAACACCGAAGACGACGACUCGUACUACAACGAAGGCGACAACCCGUACUACAAAGAGGUCUACAACUCGCACCACGACGACUAAAGCAACUACUACACCCAAAUCGACAACCAAACCAAUUACUAAAAAUCCUGGGAAAAGUAAUAUGAAUAUGACAGAAUUUCCUACUUUACCUAAAAACUGGAUGGAGUUAAUGAAAGAAUUUGUGAAAACAAUAAAAUCAGUUAAUAAGACGACUAUGUGUGAACGUUCAAGUUUAAACGAAACGACGAUCGCACCUUUCAAUUUUCCUCUGUCUGAAAAUAAGAAAGAAAUGACGAAUGUUGAAGAUUUCAUUAAUAUAUUAAAUGAUGGUGUUGAAAUUGAUGAUGGACUAGUAGAGGAUGUUAUCGAAAAAUAUAACCCUCUACGUAACUUUAAAGAAAUAGAAAGUACAGUCAUAGAUACCGAAAAACCUUUAUCAGAAAAGGUAGUCUUUACACGUAAUAUAACCUCAACAAUAAACACGAGUGAAAAGGAAGAUGACGCCAUUUCACGAGACGCUGAAAUAGCAGCAUAUAUUAAUGUAUUUAUAAAUAGAUACGUGAAAACACACUUAACUUCUCAACCACAACAUACAACACUACAAUAUAAUGAUGUACAAGCAUUAUUAGAUAUAAUUCAUGGUAAAAUGACUCCAAAAGAGUUUUUACGAACUAAUGAUGAACAUCAGAGAAAUGUCGCUAUAAAAGCACUAGUUGAAAACAUUGAAGUCCAAAAUUCACUUCCAGAAAAGAUUUCUAGAACAAAUUCAGAAACAGAUAGUUCUCAAUUGCUAAAAGAGCAUAGAAAUCAUUGGAAGAAAAGAGAUAUAAGAAAAUAUUUGAAUAAAAUCAAAGAAACGUUUUCUGAGAAAGAUAAUAAAGAACAAACACAAAAUUUUUCACCCACUCCAAAUAAAGCAGUACCAUUUGCUUCAUCAAAUAAAAUUAAUGUAGACUCCAACAGCAAUAAAGAAUUAUUAGUUAACAAAGACGUACAGUUGUUAUUUAGUACUUUUGUUAUGUUUUUAAUGAAAAAUAUUACUGCAGAUGCACAAACAGUUACCAAGCCUAUGAAAAAAACAAAGGAGGUCCCUAAACUAGAUAAUAGGACAUUGCAAUUGAUUCAAAAGUUAAACGAAAUGAAUCCCCUUCUGACAAAAUUUCGUUCUGAUUCUAAAGAAAUUAAAACUCAACCACUAUUUAGAAGUAAUAAAGCAACGGAUGAAUUACCGAUUAAACAUUUUUUUGCUGACAAUGAUGAUAUUUUAAACUAUGAUAAAGAAGAUUAUGAAAGAUAUGAUACAGAAGGUAUCGAAAUGGAUUUGACAGAAGAGGGUUUAGGAAAUAAAGAUAGAAAUAUUGGUUAG